AUGGCUCUUACUGAGUUCCAUCGCUUCUCUCUACUCCCCCUAGAACUCCGUCGAGAGAUCUACCACUUAGCCACGCCACCCCGCUUUGUCCAUGUCCAGCGAUUUGACGAGCAAGACUACGAUGAAUUCGCAGAGCAUAUACGCACAACACCAAACGCUAUUCGACUAGACGAAUCCCUCAUCCACUUCUCCUUCAACUGGCGGCCUCAUAUUUCCCCUCGGACCACGCAGAGACAGUCUGCACUUGAGCGUUAUGGGUUCUCGAGCAACAAGUCGGCGUCUCAGCCGUGGAAAGUGACAAAGCUCGCCCCUCGAAUCAGCCUAGAUUGGCUAAGCGUGAAUCCUGAAUAUGCGUGGCAGCUUUGCAGGGAGGUUUCCAUGUACAGCACUGCUCCAAUUCCCGCACUGCUGCAUACGUGCCGUGAAUCUCGUGACGACUUGAUCAGGAGAGGGUAUCAGCUUGCCUUUCGCACCCGGUCUCACGGUCCUCGAACAUGGUUCAAUUUUGAUCACGACGUCCUAUUUAUUUCUCAUGGGGAUGACUGGGGUACCAAGCAUCGGGUACUCAGUGGCUGUGCGUGGGAUAUUGGUCAAUUCCAUACCAGUGAUAUGGAAAGGGUCAAAAGAGUCGCCUUGGAGGAAUCCACAGGGUCUCUUUACCUUGCUCAUCCUAGAUUCAGCGAAGGCAACUACAAGUUUUCCGACGUCUCAUCUGUAUUGCGGCUUUUCAAGCACCUCGAGGAGUUGCUCUUGGUCGAAUGGACAGAUUCACAUAUGGUGGCAUUCUGCCCGAUGAAAGACUUUUACGCCAGGGCGAAGCAACGACAUAGAUACGACACCCAGUGUCUUUGGAGCUACCAGCCUGUCAGCGAGGUUGACGUGCUUCCGCAACUGUUUCACCCUGCGAACUCUUGGAGCCCCCUGACUGUAGCAUCCAUCGGGCCAUACGGGGAGCUUCUCAACAAUCAUCAAGGUCUAGAGAGAAACGGAUACAUCAGGAUGGUUCAGGAGUCACUGCAAGAGAAGCUCGUUAGAUACAGAAGCUCUGUAGGUUCACGGCACACGGCUGAUGCCGAUGUUUGGUGGAAUAUACCUACCAUCACGACUGUUCAUGUCAUGUCGACUUGGGGACAUGAACUUCUUGCCCGCGAACGAUGGCGCGCCCUCAGUAGGGUUUAUAGACUUCGAAAGCAGUGGCUGGCCCACGAAAAGCGAGUCUCUAACCAUCUGCCGCAGAGCGAAGAGUAUGACUUUCAAGCAGAUGAAGAGGCAUACGACCUCACGUUUGAGACUGAUGCGCAUGAGGCGAAGCGGAUUUGGUGGGUCCGGGAAGGGAUAAUUCCUUUCAUUGACGAAUAG